CCUGCACACUUCUUGUAAUUCCCUCAGUCUCCCUGCCUGCACCCUCCCCGUAAUUCCAUCUCAGUGUCCCUGCCUGCACCCUCCCUGUAAUUCUCCCUCAGUGUUCCUGACCUCAGCCUCCCUGUAACUCCCCCCCUUAGAGUCCCUGCCCGCACACUGCUGUAAUUCCCUCUCAGUGUCCCUUCCCGCACCCUCCCUGUAAUUGCCCCUCAGUGUCCUUGACCUCAGCCUCUCUGUAGCCCUUCCUUCUCAUUUUCCCUACCCAAAUCCUCCCUGUAAUUCCCCCUUAGUGUCCCUGACCUCAGCCUCCCUGGGACUCCCCCCCUCUGUGUCUCUGCCCACACCCUCCUGUAAUUCCCCCUCAGUGUCCCUGCCCGCACACUCCUGUAAUUCCCCCUCAGUGUCCCUGCCCACACCCUCCCUGUAAUUGCCCCUCAGUGUCCCUGCCCACACCCUCCCUGUAAUUCUCCCUCAGUGUCCCUGACCUCAGCCUGUCUGUAACUCCCGCCUCUGUGUCCCUAGUUGUGGGAGGCGCCAGUUCCUUACUUUGCCAGAGGCGCUCAGACCCCUAGAUACACCCCUGGAUUUCAGAUAGACCUGCAGAUGACGGACAGUACCUCAGAGUGCGGCGCAGAUCACCAUUGUUACGGGUAAGCGAUGAUGACGCAAUAUGUGGGCGCCGUCAGACCGGAUCCCGCGCUGUGCUGUGAUUUACACCUGGUGAUGUAAGGCACAUUUCUGUCAACUGUCACGCACUUAUCCAUGGCCUGUCAAAGCCACCUGAUACUUCUGCUCCUGGUUCUGUUCGCAGUCAGUACACAGCUUUCACAUGCCCAGCAUUGGUCACAUGGAUGGUACCCAGGAGGCAAGAGGGAACUGGAUAUGCCCGCUUCCGCAGAGCUCUCAGAAGAAAUAAAGUUGUGUGAAGGAGAGGAAUGCGCUUAUGUGAGGAACCCCAGGAAAAACAUGCUAAAGAACAUAUUGGCAGAGGUAUUGGCGAGGCAGCUGCAGAAGAAAUAACAGUUUUAAUACAAUUAUCCGUCCCCUUCCACCCGGACUCACAUGGUGUUCUCAAGAUGCUACGUCUUCAAGAACCCUACCGUCAACUCCUAGACCUUCAUCAGUCUGCAUCAACGAUAUCACCCAAGACGGGACGACAUUCUGAAUUCUAGACAUUGCUUCAUAUGUUUUAUUAUGAUUGGAACGAGACAUGUAUAUUUCAACUCAGUAUCUGUGUCCAUGGGGAAUUCCCUCUUCUGCUUGUUUUAUGACUUAGUCCUGUAGGCUACGGCCACACAUAGCGGUCAAGGUGGUCCCACUUGGCCGGGAGGAGGGGGUCUUGUGUUCACACGGAUCCUGUUCUGCAGAAUGCCGCAGAACAAGGGACGGCCAGUGACACACGGGAUUUCAAUUGCACUGUGUGAACACAUACAUUGAAAUGUAUGUGUUCACCUUGAAAUCCCGCCGUCCUGUCAUCCGGCCUGACCGCAGCAUGCUGCGGUUGGUUUUGGCGGCGGGACUGCCGCACAUAUGUGGGUGCCUGCAUAAGUGCCCAUGUGCAGUCUCCUUGCGGCCAAGCAGGUCCCGCUGAACGGACCCGCUUGGCCGCUAUGUGUGGCCGUAGCCUUAGAUGAACUAUACUGAUGGCCUCAGAUAGGCUGUGCCGUGUUCCUGAUAUGUUACAUUUUCUACAACGGAACGUUCCCAACAAUUUAAUAAAGGAUCUCAAUGUAGUUAGCUAUGCAGCGCUGUGGGGUCAAAAGUGUAACAUCAACAGUCUUUAAAUAAAAUCCACAGGUCGUAAAA